AGGCUUACAUGAAAGCAUUUAUUUCAUCCUGCUCCCGUCAAAAGAAAAUAAUACAUCGCAAUGCAAUCAGAGGACGAUCAACUCAUGUUCAAGACAUCGACAUUCUUAUUCCCAUGUCGUUUGUUCCCUGCUCUCACUUCUUUGGCUUCGGUUUCGGAGGAUCGAAGGCACCCCCGAGAUUAAUUAUUUCCUGCUCCUCCUGCGUCAGCUUCGGCCUUCUGAAAUGUGCUGGAAGGUCUUUCAAACUUGACAGCGUCGACACAACUACAUUGGGUCCAAGCGGCUUCGCCACAGUGCUGGACUUCCCUUGCGCCGAUGGUGGUGAAGCUACAGGCGGGCUAGGCUUGGCCUGCGGCGGAGCCACAGGCUGAGAUGGGGGAGCAGCUGCAUUACCUUGAUUGCAUCGGCCAUGUCUGAACCUGAUGCUGAUCUUUCGCAGUAGCACGCUGCUUGCCC